AUGGCCAUACCGACAUCACGAAUUCUGUGGCCGUCGCUGCCGUCUGCGCCCUGCGACACCGCUCUUUCGCUUUUUGCGUCCUCUGCGCGAUGCACGCGCCGCGCCCCCCUAGCACGCUUCUCGACAUCGCCGUCAUUAUUGAAAGGCCCGGGACGAGGAGAUAACAACAAGAACCGGGGCGUGUCAGGCGUGCGACACACAGGAUUGCGGCCGAGACAGACACUCUCGGUCAAGAGGAAGGACCACGAGAACCAGAAGCUGCCCACGCCAGUGCAGCCGACCUCACAGAUCAACGGUGACCCGGGCCAUGGUCUCUACGAUUUCUUCAAAGACAAGAAACUGCUGUUAACCCCGGUGGAAGAGGCACGACAUGGUCGAGCGUGGACUGUCAACGAACUGCGAAACCGUGAUUGGGAAACUCUGCAGCAGCUAUGGUGGGUGUGCGUCAAGGAGAGAAAUCGUCUCGCCACGGCGCACUACGAACACAAGAGACAGGGCGCCGGUUACGGCCAGACUGAGAUGGAGCAGCGGGAUGAGACGAUACAGGAGACGAUGAAAGCCAUUCUUGAUACCCUUGCAGAGCGGAACAGAGCCUAUGAAGAGGCAUACAAGCUGGCAAAACACGAUCCAACCAUCGACCUACGCCGUUCUGGGCAUCAAUACCAGGAGUCCUCGUAUGAUGCAGAGGACAUGUACCAGCAAGAAGAUACCUUGAACGACCCAGUUGGUGUGGUACCGAAAGAGGCGUCGGAAGGACAGCCCCCGAGAUCAGAGACGAUAUCAGUCUCGCAGCGCUCGACCGAACACUCAUCAGAAGCAUCCCCUUCGAAAGAGCUGUCCAAGCAGCCGAAUGCAUCGUAA